GCUGCCCUGCAUGGGAGACCUCCAAGCCUGGGCUCAGCCCUCACCCCCAGAAAUUGCAUCCUUACUGCUGGGACGAGGUCUUGGAAGAGCUUCUGGAGAGUUACUGAAGGAGAGAAUAUUUACCAGGAGUGAUUAAAGACAAUGGAUCCAGACUUUUUAAAUGCAUUUACACAGCCUUCUACACUUGAUCGAUUCCUAACUGAAGAUGUCAUUGCUAAAGGCGAGAAGAGGAAACUCAUAAAACCAACCUCAAGCAACAACCCCAAACUGGAAGAAUUGAAACUGUUCUUGACUGAGUGGAUCAACAGAACUCUGAAAGAGGAACACAUAGUAGUUAAAAGUCUAGAAGAAGAUCUGUAUGAUGGGCUGGUACUUCAUCAUCUCCUGGAAAAUUUAGGAUCUCUCCAGCUGGAUGUUGACAAGAUUGCAUUAACAGAAAAAAAACAGCGAAAGAAACUCUCAGUGAUUCUGGAAGUUGUGGCCAAGUGUUUGCAAUUGGAAGAAAGUCAGCUGAAAUGGAGUGUGGAAUCUAUCUUGGCAAAGGACUUACUGAGCACACUGCAUCUUCUUGUUGCAAUAGCAAAGCACUUUGAACCCACCCUGGCUCUGCCUCCAAAUGUUCAAGUGGAGACAAUCACCAUCGAGUCCAUCUCUGGAGGAUUAAAGACAUCAAAUGCGGUGGAAUAUAUCACAGAAAACAAAGAGAAUAUAGAAGCUCAGUCAAAAGAUGAUGCCUUUGAUGAAUUAUUUAGCUGUGAUCCAGAUAAACUGGAUGCUGUAAAAAAGGCACUUUUGGAAUUUGUUGACCAGCAUGUUGGAAAAUUAGGAUUAAAUGUGAAAGACAUAGAAACUAAGUUUUCAGAUGGGGUUGUCUUACUUCUCCUAAUUGGACAACUAGAGGGCUACUUUCUGAAUUUAAGGAAUUUCUUCCUGACUCCGGCCAGCACCAUGGAAAUGCUCCACAAUGUUAACCUGGCACUGGAGUUGCUAGCAGAGGGAGGCCUUCUGAAUUUUCCUGUGAACUCUGAAGAUAUUGUGAACGGAGAUACGAAGGCUAUAAUGCGAGUUCUGUAUUGCUUGUAUUCCAAAUACAGAACCAAAGAAGCAUGAAGAACAAGGCCAAGAGCUUGAGCUGCCCUUUUUUUUUUUUUGUUUUUUUUUUUUUUUUUUUUUUUUUUUUUGUUUUGUUUUGUGGUUUGGUUUUUUUUUUUUUUUUUUUUUUUGGGGGUUUUUUUUUUUUUUUUUGUUUUGGUUUAGUUUUUUUUUUUUAUUAUUUUGUUUUGUUUUUUCCCUUGCAGUCCAUGGUAUGGUUUUUGGAUUCCCAGCUCUGUUUGCCACUGCUUCUGGGCAUGCAUUGGUGUUUGACACUUGCUGUGUUAACACUGUAUAGCAAAUAUGUUGUUCAUGCAAGGUUUCACAUACACAGCCUGAGCAACUGUAAAUGUGUUUCCACAGCUGGUGUUAUUAUAGGGCUGUAGCUCUUCUUCUAGAUCCUGCCUUCUGUAUUCUCUGAGCCCUCCCAAUGCUGCAAAGAAAUUAAAUGUGUGUUUAUUCUGGGCCCUGUAUUCUUUGCUCCUGAAGGUGACUUUGAAAGUUGUUGCAUCCCUCCCCAUUUUCCUGCUUCGGGAAGUCAUUUGGAAAACUAGAGAUGAGAAAGACCCACCAGAGAGGGAGGGCUGAGACACACCUCAAGUUCAAAACCUGUUUCAGAGGGGUGGCCAGUGCUGUCAGACAAGACGAUAU